AGAGGGCAGACGAAGUACUCCGCAGCUCAGAACGAUCGUAAACGAUGUGGAAGGUAAUUGUGGUCGCUGGCAAAAUCUUUAACAGAAUAACAAACCAUGCAGCGGGAAAAUAAGUCGGAUGAGUGGGUCAGACUUGUGUUGCGCCGAUUUAGAAGUCAGCUUCCAUAUGAAUCAACACGCUCUCAGAAAAAUCAUGAAAGUACAGAGCACAUUAAGAACUGUGUUAUUAGCCUCAGUGAACAUAACUUUAGUAUGGUGGUGGCAGAACUUGCUGGGUUCAUUAAGGAACCAUCCAAGUUGUGUACCCUAUCAGCAGAGAAGAUGACCCUUGCAUCACGAUCCAAUAGCAUUACCAUGGAUACCAUGUCCUGUUGUUUUGAAAAGUUCAUAACACAGUCUAAUGGAUUCCCUCUGGAAGCUGAACAGAAAAUUCUAGCUGGCAAGGUACUCUCCCACAUCAGUGUGCACCAUUUCUCAGCCCUCUUUAAUCGCAUUGCAAUCAGACUUCAUGUGCUUGCCAAUACUGAAGAUAAUUCUGAUACUGGUGAACUUGAACUUAUUCGACAUUUACAUGUGAAUGUGUCUUCUCUUCAAAUUCUGUUGCAAGAAAGCAUUCAGGUAUUCAGAUCGUUGAAGAAGAUUGGUCAACUAGCUUUAGUAUCUGGAUUGGAAAAGGCUAUAUGGAAUUGGGUUGAGAACAGUCCAGAUGAAUUUGCACAGCUACAGAGAGAACCGUCACCAGAACUUUCAGAGUAUGCAGAGAAGCUGUUUGACAUGGUGGAUAAUUUUGCUGAGAGUUCAAAGAGAAAAGCUGCAGUAUGGCCUCUCCAAAUAAUGCUGCUUAUUCUAUGCCCAGAUAUGCUGAAACAAAUAGCCACAAGUGAAAAAGUAUUUGAUGUCAGUAAAGCUAAUAAGAAAGAUUUUCUUGAUCAUCUGAAGAAGGCACUAAAUAGUACCAAGCACCUGACAGAGAGUGCAGCAGUAGUGUGCGUGAAACUCUGCAAGGUUGCCACUUACAUGAAACCUGAAGAUAACUCUGUUUUGUGUUUCCUUGUUGUCUCCAUGCUCAAUGAAUUGAAGGCAUUACUUUUCAAUGUGAGCAAGCCUUUUUCUGUAGGAUCUGGUGGUUUAUUCACAACAGAGGAACUAAUGGUUGAUUGCUUUGUGUCAAGUUUCCGCAUCAAUCACAGAAACAACCAGCACUUUGAUAUCUGCCUACAGCCAAACUCUCCAAUUAUUUUCCACCUUGUCUUUGUCAAAGGAACUUAUGCUAUUGUAAAAGAGGCUCCUUUGAGAUGGUGGCCAAAAGCUGAAGUACUUCAUCCAAAAGCCCCAGCACUAAGACAUAUCUUCUUGAAUAUUUGUAACAAAAUUCAGAGUGCUGAACAAGAGGGACAACAGUCAAGGUUAAGUCAGAUCUACAAGGUAAAGGACAAGAAACACAAAGAAGAUGAGGUUCAUUCCAACAAGAAGCAAGACAAAGAGUUAUUACUGUGGCUGGUGAAAAUUUUUCAUGCAGAUCCUGUGUUUGCUUUUAAUAAUCCUGAUCUUCAUGGUUGGGAGAUACAAAAGAAUUCAACUCAAGUUAUCAUGGGCGUGGUCAAUUUGAUGUUGACACCUUCUCUACCUGCAGAAAUAAGAAAUGAGGCAGCUGAGACUCUUCUCUGUUUCUUUGAAGCUGAUCACAUAGAGAUGUGGAAUCCUGUGGCACCUAUUGCUUCAUUUUGGGAAAUUAGUUCACAUGUAAUGGUGUCCAUUGCGGAGUUUCUCAUUGGUCAUGGCAGCCAUGGAACUGUUUUACUGAGAUACUUGAGGGACCUAACCAUGUGUAAAAUUGAGUUUUUAAGGAAACACCAGGAGCAAGCUUCUAUAGGAUGCCACUUGCCAAUAUGUACAGUUUCACAAACAAAACUUGAGGAAGUAUUCUUAAGUUAUUUAUGGAAUCCAGAUAUGGAAACUGUAUUGAUCUCCCUUUCUUGUUUUGGACAAAUGUGCAAUGAAGUGGAUAUUGUGCAAAGUUCAGAGACCCUAAAUGUUUUACAAACUUCUCAAAACUUAAAUGUGUACAAUGAGAUGUCACAGGAGGCUACCAAAUUUAGAGCUGGAAGAGCAGCACUGCAAAAACGGAUUAUGGCUUUAUUAAGGCAACUUGACAGCCAAACUGCAGGGAAUUUUCAGGCCUGGGAAAGUACUUACUCAAAAUGGCAAAAGUUAACAUUUGACCUUGUCAACUUUGGUAAAGAUGAUUCUCCAUCAAUAGAUGUACAGAAAUAUCUUAGGCGGAGAUCACAUUCCAAACUCACUACUGACAACUUGCAGACAUCAUUCAUUGAAUGGACAUACAUGACAGGAUUUCUCUGUUCCCUUGGUGGAGUUUGUUUGACUUCAGUACAGCCAGUAAGAAGAUACAGUAGAAGCCUUCCUUCAUCAGUACACUCCACAGCUGAACCAAAUGAUGCUGAAUGCGUGACAGUAACGAAGUUUAUGCAAGAUGUGUUGAGUCUUCUGGUUUGUGGUAAUGAAAAAACUGGUUUACAGAUACGUAGCACAGUCAAUGAGCUGGUUGGAGUGGAGUUAAGUCCCAAGCUUUAUCCCAUUUUACUGACCCAGAUUAUGACAGUUGUAAACAGCUUCUUCACACCAUCUGGGCAGGUGGUGGUUCAAGAAAAGCACACUCUAUUUAUAGCACAGAUCAUUGUAAUAAUCAAACACAUCCUGGAAAACAAACUAGGACACAAGGAUUGUUUUCAGAUGAGUGGCAUUGAUGCCAUGAUUCUGUCAUUCGUAAGAUAUGUGAGAAACCUCCCAGUUAGUCACCAGGCUCUGCAGAUAAAGUGUAAACUCUGCCAGCUGAUUGAUGUGGUUAUGGCAAAAAGAGACGAACUCUUACUUCAUCAAGAAGUGAAGCUUCGGAACAAGCUUGUGGAAUACCUCACUGAUUGGGUUCUACCCUCUGCUGAACACCACCAGAGUAUCCCUGUAGAGCUUUCCAGUUUAUCCAAAGAUCUUGAUGCUACUGUGAUGCGUGCAAUAGCAUCACUCCUCUCUGGCUUACCCCUGCAACCCGAGGGAAUGGAGACAGAUAUUAUGGAGGCCAAGUCACAACUUUUUCUCAAGUACUUCACUCUAUUCAUGAACUUAAUGAACGGAGAGAAGGGUAUAAAAACAACAGAUGAGCAAGAAGAAGAAGGUGAAAUGCACCAUAAUGCAUCCCAAACAUUGCAUCAAAAUGCUGUCUUGGCCAUGUCCAAUUUACUGAAUGCUAACAUUGAUACUGGACUCAUGUAUGCGAUAGGCCUAGGAUACCAUGAUGAUUUACAGACAAGAGCUGUUUUUAUGGAGGUUCUCACCAAGAUUCUGCAACAGGGCACUGAAUUUGACAAUUUGGCGGACACGGUGUUAAUGGACAGAUUUGAUAGACUGGUGGACUUGUUGACGCUGACAGGAGAGAAAGGCAAGCUGCCUAUUGUGAUGGCCUUGGCCAAUGUGGUACCAGCACAGCAGAUGGAUGAACUGGCUCACGUUCUGGUCACCCUUUUUGAUGACAGAAAGAAUCUGCCUCAGCUUCUGAACAACUUAUUUGCCAUGGAGGUUUACAGCACGGAGGGAAUGCAGACACUCUUCAGAGGAAACAGUCUUUCGAGCAAAACCAUGGCGUACUGUUUCAAAGUGUUUGGUGGUAGUUACCUCCACACACUGCUCACUCCGCUGAUAGCCCCUAUGUACAAAGAACAUGUCUCGUUUGAAGUGGAUCCUACAAGGCUUGAAAAAGGUCAAAAUGUCGAAGAGAACAGAAACAACCUGAUCAAGGCUGCUCAAAAGUUCAUCAACGAGAUUGUAAUUUCAGCUGAAAGUUUUCCUAUCCAGCUACGACGUCUGUGUAACUGUCUAAAGGAGAUUGUUCACCAGAGAUUCCCAAAGCACAGUUUAGAAGCAGUGGGGAGUGCUUUUUUUCUGAGAUUCAUAAACCCAGCGAUAACUUCACCCCACGCCACAGGAAUUGUUGACCAGAUUCCUCCAGAAGAGAUGAGAAGAGGACUCAUGUUACUGUCAAAGAUACUCCAAAAUUUAGCCAAUCAUGUCCUCUUUACAAAGGAGAAACACAUGGAACCUUUUAACGGUUUCCUUCAAGCAAACUUCGAUAAGGCGAGAAAAUUUUUUAACGCCAUUUCGUCAAAGUGUCCUUCAAAGAGAGAGGAGGACAGCACAAGUUAUUCUUUUAUUAGCGAUAGUAGUGUGUUGAGUCUACACAAACUCUUGUGGGAUCAUCAGGAAAAGAUUGGAACUUAUCUUGCCACGAAGAGUGAAUUCAAGACCUUUGGUAGAAGACCUUUUGAGAAAAUGUCCACUCUGCUGGCUCACCUUGGACCACCUGAUCAGCAGAAAAAUCAUUUUUCGCAUCUGCGGUGGCAGGAUGGAACUCGUUUUGAAGAGUUUAUGGCGCGUCACGCCGAAGAGAGCCGGGACGAUUUACAAGCCAUGAAAAGUUUAAACGUGUUUUAUCAAGGUGGCAAGUCAAAAAGUGGACAUCCUGUGUUCUACUAUAUCGCCAGACGAUUCAGAGGAGACCAAAUUACUGACGAACUUCUCAUUUACCACGCCCUAAUAACACUGGAAAGCUGCAUCGAAAGACCCUGGGAGCUAGUUGUAGACUUCACCCAUACAACUUUAGAAAACAGGUUUAGUCCGUCCACUGUGUUAAAACUUUUAACAGUCGUACCCGAUGGAGCGGUGAAGAAUCUCCGAGCAACGUACUUGUAUAACUGCAGCAGUUCACUGAGGCAAUAUGCCAAGUACAACGAACGUCACUUGUCUCCUUUGAAGGGUCGUUCUGUAGUUCGGGUUUGUGAGUCUCUAAGUAAACUACACGAGUACAUUAGUUCGAGUGAACUCAAGUUACCAAGUUCCACUGUGUCCCUCGAGGAAGACUUAAAGGUUUUUCACGCUUUCAGGGUGUCGAGCAGGAGCAAUGUUUUAGUCAAGGUUGGCCCCACAUCAGUGCAGAUCACCACCCCAGAGAGACAUAGAGUGUUGGGUUAUUCAAGCAUCCUUAAUGAUGUGUAUUAUGCCUCCGAAGUUAAGGGGGCCACUGUGGAGGAUGAGAACCUCUGUCUGUUAAAACUGGCAAAUGUUGGUCCAGGAAUUCUUCUGAUGAGUAAUGACAGUGAACAGAUUGUUCAAGCUGUUACGCACGUUAAGACCAGAUGGCAGCUCUCACAACCCGACUCAUCCACAACUACGAGUAAGAAGAUCAAGCCCAAAGAUGUCCCAGGAACGUUGCUGAACAUGGCUUUGUUGAAUCUUGGUACAUCAGAUCCCAGCCUUCGCUUGGCUGCCUACAAUCUGUUGUGUUCCGUAACAAAGUCGUUCAACUUGAAAAUCGAGGAAAGACUUCUGGAAGGAACAGGUCUGUGCAUCCCUGCAAACAAUACACUGUUCAUAGUUGGAAUCAGUGAAAAACUUGCUGCUAGAGAACCACAGCUGACUCUUGAGUUCCUUGAAGAGUGCAUUGCGGGUUUUGUGAAGUCAGAUUAUGACCUGAAACAUUUGUGUCUGGAAUACAUGGCACCUUGGCUACCAAACCUUGCAAGAUUUUGCCGAUUCGCAGCGGAUGAUCCACAGAAAGUGAAAAUGACCCGUAUCCUUGAAGAACUCAUAAAUCUAACGGUGAAAGAAAAAGGAACCAUGUAUCCCUCCGUUCAAGCGACAAUUUGGGGAAAUGUGGGUAAAGUAACCGAGUUACUGGAUACAGUCCUUGACUGCUUCAUUAAGGCCAGUGCCACAGGAGGCCUGGGUUCUGUAAAGGCAGAAGUCAUGGCAGAUACUGCAGUGGCUUUGGCGUCAGCUAAUGUGCAAAUUGUGUCACGCAAGGUUAUUGGAAGGCUCGACUCGUUAAUCAGCAAGACCUUCAUUUCUCCCACCGUCCGUCUUGAACAACACCUCAUGUGGGACGAUAUUGCUAUCUUGACAAGAUAUCUGCUUAUGCUUUCCUUCAACGACUGUCUUGACGUUGCCAGUCAUAUCCCAUACUUGUUUCACCUCGUUACUCUUCUCGUCUCCACCGGUCCGCCAACCAUCCGAGCCUCAAUUCAUGGCUUGGUCAUUAACAUCAUCCAGUCUCUCUGUACAUGUUCUUGUAUCAAGUUCAGUGACGAAACUCACCGGCUUCUUCGUAUGCGGCUAGCCGAGCUGUCGUCGCCCAAGUUUUAUCUUCUUUUUGGCAUCUCAAAAGUGAAGACACCAGCUGUUAAGGCUUUUAAAGCAACCUACCAACGCAGNUGUCUCUCUAGGCUUCAGGUGAUUCUUAGUAAGGACUCCAUGUUCCACAAGGCAUUCUUCUGGAUUGCUGUAGCUGUGCUUCAGCUGUCAGAACUGUCUCUGUAUCCUUGUGGUUUGGCACUUUUGGAGCAGAGCAUCAUAUCACUCGAAACACAUGGUGCCUUAGAAUCAGAGUCGGUGGACAAAGUUCUCAUGGCGGUACGCGAAGAACCUCUGCUAGAGUUUCACUGUAAGCAAAUGGACCAUUUCGUUGGCCUUCACUUUUCAAACAAUUUCCACUUUGCGCUGAUGAUACACCUUGUAAAAGGAGUAUAUCAUCCCCAGGCCACCUCUUCGGCUCGUGCCAUUCGCAUCCUGAACUUGAUGUAUAACAUCACUAGCAAACGGAAGACAAG